AUGCUCGAUUCAACUACAAAGAGAAAAUUGGAGUUAAAUGAUCAAGCUGGAAUAACUUUAAGUAAAAGUUUUCAAUCCUUUGUAGUUGAGGCUGGAGGUUAUGAUAAUCUACCAUUUGAUGAAAGAAGUUGUAGAAAUUAUAUUUCAGAAGCUAGAAGAUUGAGGUUAGGGGAUGGAGAUGCUGAAGCAUUAAGUAAUUAUUUUUGUCGAAUGCAAAGUAGGAACUCAAACUUCUUCUAUGUGCUUGAUUUAGAUGGUGAAUCUCGAAUUAAAAAUGUUUUUUGGGCGGAUGCUAGAUCAAGAGCUACAUAUGAUUAUUUUUCUGAUGUCAUUACAUUUGAUACAACUUAUUUAACCAAUAGUUAUGACAUGCCAUUUGCUCCAUUUGUUGGGGUGAAUCACCAUGGUCAAUCUAUUUUACUUGGAUGUGGAUUAUUAUCUAGUGAAAAUACAGAAUCAUUCAUAUGGUUAUUCAAAUCUUGGUUGACGUGUAUGCUUGGACGUGCUCCAAAAGCUAUAAUUACGGACCAAUGUCGCGCAAUGGAAAUUGCAAUUGCAAUUGAAGAGGUAUUUCCGAAUUCUCAACAUCGUUUAUGUCUUUGGCAUAUAAUGAAAAAAUUUCCAGCUAAAUUAGGUAGUCAUUCUCAGUAUAAAAUGAUAAAGAAACAAUUGAAGACCAUUGUGUAUAACUCCCUUACAGUUGAUGAAUGUGAUGAGAAUUGGCAGAAAAUGAUUAAGGAGUUUAACUUGGACAAUAAUAUUUGGUUGACAUCUCUGCAUGAAGAACGUAAUAAAUGGAUGCCUGUAUAUGUCAAAGAUAAAUUUUGGGCAGGUAUGUCCACAUCUCAGAGAAGUGAAAGUAUGAAUGCAUUUUUUGAUGAUUAUGUGCAUUCUAAGACAUCAUUAAAGCAAUUUAUUGAGCAGUAUGAUAAUGCUUUGAAGAGUAAGAUUGAAAAUGAAAAAAAAUUGGAUUUCAUUUCUUUCAAUUCAAUCAUGCCCGUAAUAACUGGUUAUCCUAUUGAGAGACAAUUUCAAAGUGUGUACACUAACACAAUAUUGAAAUUGUUUCAAGAUGAAUUAAGAGGAUUAAUGUUUUGCAAUGUCUCACUAGUAAAAGAAGAAGAAACAACUUUGAUAUUUGAAGUAGUAGAGACUAUGUUGGGGAUAAAAGGAGAACCCCUACGAAAAGUUUGUUUUGUGGUACAUUACACUGGAUUAGACUGUCAAGUUAAGUGUUUGUGCCGACUAUUUGAGUUUCGAGGAAAUUUAUGUAGACACGUGAUCUCCGUAUUGAUAAUGAAUGGGGUGUUUGAGGUUCCUAUGAACUAUAUUAUGGAGAGAUGGUGCAAAAAUAUAAAGCGUGGGUAUCAAAGUAUUACUAACCUAUAUGAUGAUCAUAGUUGUGAUGAUAUCAGUUAUCGACGCAAAAUUCUCACUCCAUUGAUAUAUGAGAUUCAACACCUUGGGGAGAAAAAUGACAAAGGUUGUUCUAUUUUGGUGGAUAUUUUGAAAGAUGCAAAAGACAAACUAAUUGCAAUUGAUUUUGAGCAUUCAAGUGCUCAAAAUGAUUGUGAUUUGAUACCAAUUACUAACGAUGGUAAAAAGCUUAAAGGAGUGACAAUAUCUAGUGUAAAAACAAUACACUCUCCACUAAAAGUACGAGCGCGAGGUCGUCCACCCACAAAGAGAAAACAAUCUGUUAUUGAACAAAUUGUGAAGAAAUCGAUUACAAAGGCUCGAAAAAAGGUUUGA